AUGAUAGCAUCGCAUUCUGCAACUUUGUUUCUAGCAGCGGCUGUCUCAUCCCUUACAACGGUGUUUGGUGCCGUUGUUGGGGUCACCGAGCUUGAUGCGCGUAAGCCGCCGGAUUGCGUGAAGUACAAGGCCGGAUACCUUGCGGCUGACAUUGGUGGAACGUGGGCCUCGUUCACGCUGAACUCAAUGAACCAAAUAUCAUUUAUUGGCGAUGCUAAGAGCCCGCUCUAUGUCGAGUUCCAGAAAUGCGACAGCUUAAAGGAUCAAACGGGAGCUGACAAAGUCGACGUCAAUGGUCGUCUCUAUGUCCCUUCCAAGAAGAAAUGCGUUUACAUCCUGCAUCCCGAACAUCCUACGGGGCCUUACUUCACUUCGCUCCACUCGUGCGAUUCACCUAUCAUCGACUCAUUCCGUUUCCUCAUCCGUACGUCUCAGGAUGCCCAUGGGGGCCUCUAUUGGUAUGGGGGAACCGACGAGGAAGGCACUACACCUCAAGGAGGGUGUGGCUUGCUUGGAUAUGAAUCCGAUCCAAGUCAAUACCCUUCGGGUGUUCCAUCAGUGACGAAUGAUAAAGGUAAGCAGAUUAAAGUGACGUGCGGUGGAUAUCCCGGGACGCCAUUCAGGAUUGCGCAGAAUCCGCACCCGAAGCCGAAACCUGUUGCGGAUUGUACUGUCUAUAAGGAGGGGUACCUCAGUGCUACCGUUCUCGGGAAACCAAAGUCUUUCACUCUCAACCAAUUCAACUCCCUCGCCUACAAAGGUGACGGGAAGAAUCCACUCUACGUCCAAUUUCAGAAAUGUAAAUCUCUCGUGGACACCUCUGGCACGGACAAAAUCGAUACCUUUGGAAGACUUUAUGUCCCUUCCAAAAAUCAAUGCGUCGAGAUUUCAAAUCAACAAUCGCCCACGGGUCCAUACUACACCACGCUUGCCACUUGUCCGAGUUCUCGUCCGGUUCCAUCGAGUGACAUACCGUAUUCGUUCCGAUGGCUAAUCAGGAACGAUCCAGGUGUAGGUUUGGUAGAUGGGUUAUAUUGGUACGGAAGCACCGACGUGGAGGGAACAACUCCUCAGGGAGGUUGCGGGCUUUUGGGAUACAAGUCGUUCACACAGGGGAAUCCUGUUGUGGCGCAUAAGUACUACUCAAUUCAAGUUACGUGCGGGGUGUAUCCGGGGCACCCAUUCAAGAUCGAGAAGAAUUCGCACUGA